AUGGUCCAAUACAUGACGGUUUCCCCCAAAGCCAUCUUCCCGCCGCGGAAGCGCCGCCCCUCCGCCGGGGCCUUCAUCCCACCAAACUUCGCCGACCAGAAGCUGGUCCAAUCCCUCCUCCUCCUCUCCCAAGAAAUCUCCUCCAUCCAGCCAUUCCAAUUCCUCCUGCGCCGCACCUCCCUCUCCAUAAUUCGGAAGACCAAGCUGCUCUCCAUCCUCUUCGAAGAGCUCCUCCGGAAUCCAAUCCUCAUCUUCUCCCCGACCCUGCUCUGCUUCGAAGAAAUGUACAUCUUGCUCCAGAGGAUCAGAACCUUGAUCGAGGACUGCUCCAACGGGAGCAAUAUGUGGCUGCUUAUGCAGAUCGACUCCGUCGCCAACGGAUUCCACGAAUUGACCGUCGAGCUCUCCACGCUCCUCGACAUCUUCCCGCUCAACGAGGUUGACCUCUCCGAGGACGUCCAGGAGCUCGUGGUUUUGAUCCGGCGGCAGUGCUCGCUCGUGAAGCCCGACCUCGAUCCCGGUGACAGCAGCCUCCGCCGCGAGGUUCUCACCAUGCUCGAUCGGAUUAAGAGAGAGAUCGUCCCCGAUCAGCCCAAGCUCGCCGAGAUUUUCCAACGGGUCGGGCUGCAGACCGCCGCCAGGUGUACGGAGGAGAUCGACUCUUUGGAAGAGGAGGUUCAGAAUCAGGGCGACGAGAAGUCGAAAUCGGAGGUGAUCGCUCUGAUUGGACUCGUCCGUUACGCGAAAUGCGUCCUGUACGGCGCGUCGGGCCCGGAUUCCGAGAGCCAGCGGAGUACCAGCAAGGAUAUGACGGCGGAGGCCGCCACCAAUAUUCCGCCGGAUUUUCGGUGUCCGAUUAGCCUGGACCUGAUGCGGGACCCGGUUGUCGUGGCCACGGGACAGACGUACGAUCGCGAGUCAAUCGCGUUGUGGAUUGAAUCGGGGCACAACACGUGUCCGAAGACAGGUCAGAACCUGGCCCACACCAGCCUCAUCCCCAACCGCGCUUUGAAGAAUCUGAUAAGCAUGUGGUGCCGUGAGCAGAAGAUACCGUUCGAACUGACGGAGACCAGUCACAAAAGUAACGGCGUCAGCAUCCCGAACAAAGCCGCGGUCGAGGCUACGAGGAUGACGGUGUCGUUUUUGGUCAACCAGCUCUCCGGUUCGCAGUCAACGGAAGCGGCUAACGGCGUGGUCUAUGAGCUUCGUGCGCUGGCGAAGACUAACUCCGACAGCCGAGGGUUCAUCGCCGAAGCAGGGGCCAUUCCCCUGCUGGUGCGCUACCUAGGUUCGGACGUAGGCUCGGAGCUCCCGAACCUCCAGGUAAACGCCGUCACCACCAUCCUCAACCUUUCCAUCCUGGAGGCGAACAAGACAAAUGUCAUGGAAACCGACGGAGCUCUGAACGGGAUAAUCGAGGUCCUCCGUUCCGGCGCCACGUGGGAGGCGAAAGGAAAUGCGGCGGCCACCAUAUUUAGCUUGUCCGGCGUGCACUCCUACAGAAAACGCCUCGGCCGGAAAAAUCGGGUGAUCAAAGGUCUCGUGGAUUUAGCCCAACUAGGCCCCAAUUCUUCCAAGAGAGACGCGUUGGUGGCAAUUUUGACCUUGGCCAGCGACAGAGACACGGUGGGGAGGCUGAUCGAAGCCGGGGUGGUGGAAAUUGUGGCCGGAGUAUUGGACUCGCUGCCGGAGGAAGCGGUUACGAUACUAGAAGUGGUGGUAAAGAAAGGCGGGCUGGCGGCGAUCGCCGCCGUGUACAAUAAGAUAAAGAAAUUGGCCGUUUUGUUGAGGGAAGGGUCGGAGACGUCUCGGGAGAGCGCGGCGGCUACGCUUGUGACUAUCUGUCGGAAAGGUGGAUCGGAGAUGGUGGCGGAGCUGGCGGCGAUGCCUGGAAUCGAGAGGAUAAUUUGGGAGCUGAUGGGAUCGGGGACUGUACGGGCGAGAAGAAAGGCGGCGACUCUGUUGAGGAUUCUCAGAAGAUGGGCUGCAGGUUUGGAUCCGAGCCCGAUUUUGGAGAGGCCCAAUACCACUGUGAGCGGCACGUCAGCAACGACAGUAAUGUAA